AUGUUUCCAACCCGUGGGUCACAUGGAGCGUCUUUCACUCAAAUGAAAAACGAGCCCCAGACGUCAGGACGGACCGAGUCCUCCGACCAUCCGCCGAGCUUUGCCCAACGAGGGAAAAGUACAUACAAACGCAGCUACGUUUACAAGCCGGCGGCUUCACCUCAAAUUCUGAUGGACAAAUACUCCCAAGGGGAGAUGGACGCCGUGUCUGUGGUCCAUCAGCUGGCCCAGAUCUUGCAGUUCCACCUGGAAAUGAAGGAGACGGUGACGACAGGCGACAUCAUGGCGGGGCUUUAUUUUGCCUUCUGCGUGGUGGUCGAUGGGGUCGAGUACAAGACCGGCAUGGGGAUCACGAAGAAGGCGGCUCGGCUCAAAGCGGCGCAGCUCGCUCUGCCCGACCUCCUGCCCGCCUUGAGGAGCCCGAAGUCUCCUCUCCCCGAAGCGCCAGAUUUCCCUCCACCCCUGCCAGUAAAGAAGCCCGUCGUCUCUGAUCUGCAUCCCCCUAGAGCCAUUCACGAAAGGACGAGUUCCGCCGGCCCCCAGAUCCCAAACGCCGUCCGGGACCAGCUCACCCGACUGAUGAACAGCCACCCCGAGCUCUCCACCUGCGCGGGCUCCACGGCGGCGUUCGUCAUCCAGACCUCCGGCAAGUGUGAGGUGGUCGCUCUGGGCACGGGGAACUUCAACGCCAAGCAGAGCACCUCGUCGAACGGACGCGUCGUGCACGACUCUCACGCCGUGGUGACUGCGAGGAGAUCCCUCAUGAGGUUUCUGUUCCGCCACCUGCUGAUGUUCUUCAACGACACGGACGACCUGAAGGAGAAGUCCGUGUUCCAGCGGAGCGACGGCGGCGGCGGCCUCCUCAGCCUGAAGAGCGGCGCCGCCCUCCACCUCUACAUGAACCAGCUGCCCAAGGGCUCCGCGCAGAUCCCCUCCAACCUGCGCCUGAACCCGCACUCCAUCGCGACAUGGCAGGUCAACAGCGAGUUUUGCCUGCACCUGUCGGUGGAGGGAAAGGUGUUCUCGGUGUUCUCGUCAGCCUUCGAUAGCUCCGCCUCCAAGGUGGUCAGCAUGUCCGCCACGGACAAGCUCACUCAGUGGCAGGUGCUCGGCUACCAGGGCGCCCUGCUCAGCCACUUCAUCGAGCCCGUCUACGUGGAAAGCAUCCUCGUAGGGGACAAUGGCUGCAGUGACGUCCAGGGCAUGCAGGUCUCCGUGAACCAGCGCGUGGAGGGCAUCACCUCCCAGCUGCCCACGUUCUACUGCAUGGUGAGGCCCCGCAUCAGCCUGGUGCCCGGCGUGGCCGCCAACGGCGUCGGCGAGGGCCGGCCGUCCUACGCCGUCAACUGGAGCGAGGGCGACUGCUCCCUGGAGGUGGUGGACGGCCUGGAGGGCAAGACCGUGGAGGAAUCGCCCUUCAAGAGCUGCCCGGCUCUCGCCAGCCGCCUGUGCAAAGCGGCGAUGCUGCACCGCUUCAAGCUGGUGGCCAAAGAGGCCCAGAGGGACGACCUGCUGGCCACCAGCUCCUACAGGGAGGCCAAGCGGAUGGCGAAGACGUACCAGGAGGCCAAGAGCGUGCUGCGGGCGUACCUGCUGCAGCAGGGCUUCGGGCCCUGGCUCGUCAAGCUCUCCGUUCGGGAGAACUUCAACAUGUGAAGAAAAAUGAAUACAAAGAAAUCACCGGAG